UGACACUGGUGACAAGAAUCAUGAAAUUUCUCGUAUCAAAACUUUUGUUAUCAUAAGGCCCUUUUUUAAAACAAAAAUAACUAUAUUGUGAUGUAUACCGUUUCCAUUAAAUAAAAUUACUCAUAUUGUGAUAAGAUUUUGUUCAUUUCGCCCACCCCUGCUUCCAUGACACAUAAAAAAAUUUAUUUAAAAAAUGUUUUUUUGUCCAUACAAUGAAAAUCAAUAGGGUCCAAAAACAACAUUCGACAUUACAUUUUUAACUUUAUGUAUAAAAACAAAUGAAACAUUUUUAACACAAGUUUAGCAUGACAUGAAGUGGUUUAAAUGAUGACAGAAUUUUCAUUUAUUGCAUUAUCACUUUAAUGUGUCGUAAAGUAGGCUUAUCUGUUACUAAAGGUGACUCAAAGGUGAACUGUAUACGUUAAACGUUAUGCCCUUUCUCUUCUGACUUCACAUUUCUGUUUUAACUGCCCUAACUGUUACUUUUUUUCGCUUUUCAUCAUUCAAACGAUGCUUCCCCACCCUCAGACUCAUGAUAGUCAUGACCUUUCAAGCAUUGCGUAGUACAGCUCACUGUAUGUAUGCGUACGCUGUCAGACACUUUUCCUGCUGACACGGGAUAGAAUGAACUCAUUUUCUUUUCUAGAUGCUCGCACACACAAAAGGGUUUGUGACCCAUAAAAAUGUUUCAAUACAUGAUGUCUUUAUACAAUGCAAUGUCUUUCUCAAUACAAAAUUUGACAUCUGCAUAUGUGCAGUUCUCAGAUAGUUUGUCAGAAAACUUUUACAAAAAAACAGUUGACUCAAAAUUCUUUGAAAAAUUGUAGGUAUAUUCUCCCACCAUGGCUUAAAGAGGUGGGUUAAUGUGAGUCACGCUGUUGGUCUCUUCACAGAUGCAGCAAUCUGACUAGACAGUAAUUAUGUUGGUAGUCACAAGGCUUUAGAUUUUAUCAUGUAAUGCAAGGACGCAGCCAGUGCUUUACAAUGUAGUAUUGUUCUAAAGAGCCAUGUAUGUUUCACAGAAAUAUUUGUUCAGCUCACGCACACGAUGACUUGCACACACACACUCGAACAGAACAGAGAUGUUCACAGAGAGCCAGGAAGUCAAGGUCGGAGCCGUUAAGUGUAGAAUGCAAAAACCAAGCUAUUUUUCCUGUUUGUGGCUGCUGUUUACUUUUUUAGGCGGUGUUGUUUUUGAUCGUGAUGACUCAGUAUGUAAGGUAGAGUCUUGUGUUUUGAUCUCAGUGAAUUAACAGGGUCACGCUGAUAUCUGAUUUCUUAGUCUAUUGUCACACAUUGGGCUAUAAAGGAGCCAUUGAUUGGGGGAGAUCAUUCCUUGAGCGCACACACUCCCUCCCCACACCCGUUUCAAAUCACUCACACUGAAACUUGUGGUCUCGUUCUGGUUCAUGCGUGUGUAACUGUCUGAGUUUUCAGUUGAAUCUGUCUCUCUGUUGAGUGAAUGCCGUACAGAUCAAAGACAAAGAGCUCAAUCACUUAGAUGAUUGAUGUAAUUAUUAUUUUUUUUUUCAGUUAUAUUUAGUAAGUUAUAUUUAUGUCUUUUUAUAAUUAUUAUAUACUUGUAUAAUUGUGUAUAUAAAAUUUAAUAUAGGUGUUUAUUCAAAUCUCUAGGUGUGCAGUAUAUGAGAGAAAUGGUAAUGGUCAUUCCUUUUCAAUUUAAAAAUAUUAUUAUUAAUAUAUAAUCUAUGCAUCUGCAAUAUAGCUGCCAUCUCUGUAACAACAAGAAUCCAUGAAUGUCAUAUUCACAGCACACAGUGGUCUUGACAUUUAGACCAUACUGUAUUGCAUCAUAUCAAAGUCAUGACAUGUUAGAAAUGACUAUCUCUGUUUGAAAGCGGAAUAUAAUAUUGUUAUUAUAUGCAAUAAUAACAUAUUUCUGUCAUUUCUGUCCUACAAUAUCCACUUUCAUGUGCCCUUGUUAUGCACUACUGCACUAGAAAUAGAUGCAUAAAAAUGCUCAAUUGUGCUUCAAUAUUUGUUAAACUGUUGGAUUGGAAUAUGGGACGGGAAUUUAAAGUGCACAAUAAUCGCAGUUAAACAUUCAUGAUCAGAUUAAAUAAUAACUACAGACCUACUUGGCAAAUAAGCAACAUUUUGCUGGCUGGCUACUUCAGUACGGGGCGAGUUGCUCGUUGUGACAUGUUAGGUGGCAGUAAUGAAGUGUGCAAGACUGUCCAGUAUUUGUCAAUAUAUAAAAAAAUAUGCACAGAAUAUGAAAAUGUGUGAGGUUUUCUUCCCCAUUGUGUGAGCGUGUUUUCUGUACAUAACUUCUUGUGGUUUAAUUUUGAGCUGCUCACACACACUUACGCUGAAAAACGAAACAGUUGCGGUUUAGUGUGUGUAUCUGAUUAAAAGUGAGAUUCUAGAUGUCCUCACCUUAACCAGGCUGCAGUUUCGUUUCUCUUUCUUUUUCCCUCUGUUAUUCACUUGCUUGCUUCUUUCUCACACACACACACACACACACACACACAUUUACAUAUAAAGGAUGUAUGGCACCUGAUUUGAAGACCAGAGGGUUUUACCAGGUAACAUCUGGCUGCAGGGUGCUGAUUCGGAGCAGCUGGUAAUGACUGCGAGAUCAAAGCGCUGAGUUUAACGGCGAGGAGACGCCGCCGUCACAUCACUGACAGAGAGGAGGCGACUUUUGUGUCUGAAUCAGCAGAGAUUUGCAGAUGAGGUGCCGCUAUUAUCUUUCCAAGUGAAACCAAGAUGCUGUUGAGAGACUGAAGUUUGAAUCUAAAGCCAAGACGAGUUUCAUUUGGAUUGAAAGUAAUGGAGGCUUGGUUUGGGCUAGGCUAAGGUGUCUCUCCUCAUCUCCUCCUUUACACACUCUUGCCCUCCUCUCAUUCAUUCGAGAGGAGGGGUACAUUGCCUCCUGCAUCGCCCUUGACAGGAAACAGUGGUUAUUCUCAAACAUAAAGAGGGAAACACUUCGAUUUAACCAAGUGAUCUGCUGCCAAUGAAGUCCUGCCAGACACUGAAGGAGGAGGUGUCCGGCCCGGAGACGAUGUCUCAAGAGGAGGGGCAAAUGACUCAACCCUCCCAAACAUACUUCCACAACACCUCACAGUCACAGAUGCCCUCAGACCUAAAUCCCCAUCCUGACCCGACUCAACUGUUUUACCAGGAAGGGUCCGGAGCAGCUGCGACGAAGAGCGGAAACUGUGGGACGUCAGAAGAUUCUGAAGCCGAAGAGGGAGCCGGUGCGGAGGACGAAUUCAAACGAGGACAGAUCAUUGUAGAGGUCAACCUCAAUAACCAGACCCUGCACGUGUCCAAAGGAGACGACGCAGCAAAUGCAAACACCACGGGAGACGACAAGAGCAAUAGUGAGGAUGAAGAAGAAGAGGAGGAAGAGGAGGAGGAGGAGGAAGAUGACAGUGUUGAAGAUGACUACAGUGCUGAGGAGGAUCUGGAUGAGGAGGAUCAAGAUGAUGAGGAAGAGGAAAACAACAGUCGGCGAACAAGAGCGCAGCGGGCGCACAGGGGGCGAGCCGCAGCCCCGCCACAGCGAAAGAGUCGCCGCGUAGCCACUGGGAGUGUAACCACUGUGACUGCCGGCGUUACGACCAGGGGGCGGAGGAAGAAUGCAGAGGGCCCGCCCCAAAAGCGUAGACCUGCCAAGGAGCCCAAAAGCUCCGCCUCCUCCACCUCAGGAGCGACAGUCACGGGAGGAGGAGGAGGGGCCAAGGGAGAGGGUGAGGAGAAAGAGACGCUAGCGUGUGAAAAAUGUCCACGUGUGUUCAACACCCGCUGGUACCUGGAGAAGCACAUGAAUGUGACGCACAGACGCAUGCAGAUCUGCGACAAGUGCGGGAAGAAGUUCGUGCUGGAGAGUGAACUGGCUCUUCACCAGCAGACAGACUGCGAGAAGAACAUCCAGUGUGUGUCAUGUAGUAAGUCCUUUAAGAAGCUGUGGUCCCUCCACGAGCAUAUUAAGAUUGUCCAUGGCUUUGCCGAGAAGAAAUUUGCCUGCGAGAUUUGUGAGAAGAAAUUCUACACCAUGGCUCAUGUCCGUAAGCACAUGGUCGCUCACACAAAGGACAUGCCGUUUACCUGUGAAACCUGUGGAAAGUCUUUUAAGCGCAGCAUGUCACUGAAAGUGCAUUCACUGCAGCAUUCAGGAGAGAAGCCCUUCCGCUGUGAGAACUGCGACGAGAGGUUCCAGUACAAAUACCAGCUGCGGUCUCACAUGAGCAUCCAUAUAGGACACAAGCAGUUUAUGUGCCAGUGGUGUGGCAAAGACUUCAACAUGAAACAGUAUUUCGACGAGCACAUGAAGACACACACAGGUGAGAAGCCAUUCAUCUGUGAGAUCUGUGGGAAGAGUUUUACCAGUCGGCCCAACAUGAAGCGGCACCGGCGCACACACACGGGGGAAAAGCCAUACCCUUGCGAAAUCUGCGGCCAGCGUUUCCGCUUUUCCAACAUGCUCAAGGCACACCGAGAGAAGUGCUUCCGGGUCACCAGCCCGGUGUCCCUUCAGCCUGCCGGCAUACCACUUCCCAUUCACCUUACCGGCCACACGCCUUCUUCAAGCCACACCCCUAGCCCAACCCAGCCCACUCAGUCGACGCCUGUGGGCCCCGUAAUGAUCAGUCCUGCCACGGCGGGGCCCCUACCGCAACGGGUGGUCACCGCCCAUGGCUUCUCUCAUUUGCACAUGCAGACGGUGCCCGUGCAACAUCACCCCACACACACUCACACUCCUGUCCAUCACACAGGACACGCCCCCAUGACGAGCCACGCCCCUCAGCAGAUCUCAGUGCAGCCUUCUGUCCUGCCCCCUCCCCCCGCCCUGUUUAAGAGCGAGCCAAUAAACCACUGCGCACACGAGGAUGCGUACCUGCGACAGGGCGCCACUCCGCAACACCACUGAAACACAGUGUCUCGUACACAAACUCACUAAUGUGAAAUCAGGUGCUCGCUGGAGAACAGAGCAGACGGAUGGACAACAUGCAUCUAAUUCUCACAGGAAUGGGGAAGCUGGAACUCAGUGUAAUGCAAUGAAAUGUUUAUGUAUGUGUGUGUGUGUGUGUCUGAGAUACAGAACUGAUACUACAAACCAACUUGCCACUAGCACUCGUGACCAAACAGGACUGAUCUCUGUGAACUGAUCUCAAGAACACAAGCGCAAACUUCCUAAAGCAUUACUCUGAUUCACUUCACCCCCGCUUCAGACUCCGUCACAACGAUCAAAACAAUGGGCCAUUGGGAUUUCAGUGGCACAAACGUGGUUCUCUCUCUAACUCUUUAUCAACUCAGCUGCUGUUGCAAAGGUUCUACGGGUUUAAUCGUUCACAGGUUAAAGGUCUAGAUUUCAAAAAAACCUCUUUAGAAAUGCAGGUCUUCCAGACAACGGAAAAUAUUCCUAUUCUACAUAACAAAUCAUAUACAAGUCAUUACACAAAACAUAGUAUACAGCACUUAAGCAGUAAACUCAGCGUAGUCUAAGUGACUGAAACGUUUCUGUUGCCUGAUUGUGGUUGUCAGUGAUUUUAUUCAGAUAUUGGAGUUUUCUUUCUUUUUUUCUUUUUUUUUUAAUUAAAAUAAAAAUAUGCUCACUGGGUAAUGCCUGUAGCUCUCUGGCGUGUUCAGUCGGAGAUUGAGACUGUUAAGGAAGACCAAUGCUGUGAUGUGUCAUAGGAAGACUGCAACUAAAGGCGAAUUUAUUAGUUUUACUGUAUGUUCUAUACAACCUAACUCACUUACCAAUAUUUUUAUUUGUAUAAAGUAGAUGCUCUGUGAGUCUUUUUAAAAAGGAAAUUGGAUUUCUAUGUUGAAUUGAGAUGCGUGCUUGUGAGAGUCUGUGUGAUGGGUUGGAAGAUGCAGAAAGGGUUUGUUUCUAAUCGUAUAUUCAACCGAAUGUAGGAGCGGAGUGUGUGUGUGUGAGUGUCUUUGACUGAUCUUAUGUCUGUGGUGCUGGUAUCAAAAGCUGCUUUUUAGUUGCUCUCUGUCUUCUUCUGGUACAUGAUUCUUUAUCAUGCAGAUGAUUAGUGUGUGAGUGAGUGUUAGAUAGUGACUUUAGGAGCAGCACAGAUAAAGUGAUUGAAAGUCUUGAGUCAAUCAGACUCAGCUGAUUGAUUGAUUGAUUGUGAAUUAUUUUUGUUCUCUCUCAUUAGACAAAGGCAUCUGUCCUCUGCACUUUACUGCCAAGUAAGAGGUUUGCGCAACUGACAAAGAAUUGUUUGUCAAGUGUCUGACGUGAAAGAUGGCUGGCUGUUGGAAAAUGGGGAGAAUCACAAGAGGAUUUGGUCGGGAUUCUUUGUCAGAGAACUAUAGUUUGUGCCGUAAGAAGUUGUGUUUUGCCUUCAUGCCCCUCCCUCCUCACCUGAGAAGUACUCUUAUGAGUUCAGGUGGCUGUCAAUCAUAUGUAUCAUCUUAUUUUUUUAACUGUGUGUGUGUUUUGGGCUCCUUGUCUGAUUCUCUCCAUUCUCCAUCAGUGGAUGGAAUGCACUUUCUAAUAAAACCUUGCUAGAUAAGAAAAAUAAGCAGACCAUAAUAAUGUUUAUUCUUGUGAGGUGUUUUUACUCCGAUCUCUUCUCAGCUAGUCUGUUUCAACUUCUCUACCCUCUGGACUUCAGCAGUGUUUUAUUGUUAGCGUUGUGUCUGGUACAGAAACAUCUGACCUUCGUUGAGAACUGUUUUGUAUUGUUUUCCUGUUUUUGAGACACCAUGAUGGACUUGCAUUAAUGUUGGGCCUUUUUUAUAUUGUUCAUUUAACACUUUCUGCUAACUUUAAAGAAGUAAAAUUGAAUUCUGAAAUUGAA